AUGUCGCGAGGACGUGGAGGCGUACCGCGGCUGUCCGAGGCGGCUGUUCAGGCGGCGGCGCAGCGGCGGAUGCAGGUCCAACAGGCCAAGAAGCGGCGAGCGGCCAUUACCAAGAACCGGGCACGGAGGAUGGUGUUGUAUCGGUUUGAUACCAAGCAGCUAGAGCCGCACAUCGGUGAUCUGCGCCGGUGUGUGGCCACGUAUCUGGCGGCGGUGAAGGCCCGAGUCGAGGCCGGGACCGAGGCCAGGACCGAGGCCGGGACCGAGGCGGGGACCGAGGCGAGCCCGACGGGCCUGGACAUGGGCAUGGACGUGGUGGGCGGGGGCAUGGAUGCCAGGCUUGGUGGAUUGGGAAGUCAGUCUGGCGAGGGCAAGGGCGAGGAGACGGACGAUGCGCGGUCGCGGAUCCUGAGUCUCCGGUUCGGGCUGUUCAAGGAGACAUGGCGGACGCUGCAGAUGUCGUACAUCCAUCACGGGCGACCGAAUGCACUGCCAAAUGAGGACUUUAUCGACGGCUUGUUCUCGUACAUUCUUCCGUACUUUGUCCUCCCGCACCAUCCGCUCCACACACGCAUCACCAUGCUGUAUCUGAUGUAUCUGCUGUACGCGACGCAGAACGAGCUCGACGCGUGUCGGAUCAAGGUCACGCUCCCGAUCUUUGCAGCCAUUCGUAAGCUUGCUGUGAGCGCGUCUGCGCUAGGGCUCGACGACCCGUUUCACGUCUUCCGCUCGCUCUGGCUCACCCGCGACGCGUUUUCGUUCCACGCAGUUCUCGCGCUCGGCGAGGUCGAGGAGGUUGCGAGGGCGGUGGCUGUGGCACCGGGUGCCGCACCACCUCGUCCGCUACAGACGGCCGACACGCUGAUGAACGUGUUCGACCCGUCGGGCGUCGAGGACGCACACAGCCGGUACCAGUCGGCCAAGCGGACGGCCGGGUGCUCGCUGUCGGAUCCGACGCUGUCGAUGAUCGACGACGACUUGCCGCUCGCCACUCACGACGCACUAGACGACCUUGCCGUGGCCCGCAACCAAGCGAGCAAUACCCGAGCGCUGUCGGCGUUUGAGGCGGCGUCGUCGUCGAUCCAGGCGCGUGGCUCGUCAUCGGCCGGCAGCGCAAGUCGGCAGCGGCGCCGCGCGGCGCCGACCUCGGUCGUGCUGCCGCCUUCAGCCGGCGGCUCGCGCUCGGGCACGCCGCGACUCCGAUCUGGGGCGCAGACGCCAUCCAUGCCCAACACCCCGCGUGCCGCCGUCGUCACCGCCGACACGCUCCAGCUCCGUGCUCCGGCGUCGGGCGAGUGA